GCCCCACUGUGCACGUACAAACUGUAUAUACACACGUAUAGGCUGAUAUCGCUGCUACGUACAGCAGCCUCAUGGAGGAGAGCGUUCAAGAGGACAGUCGGAGGAACCAUAGGAUUCAGUCGAUCGUAGCAAGUGCGGUGAUCAACUACGAGCUCAACGGGCACGCGUUCACAAAGAGACACAGGCAUACGCGCCCCUACCGUGAUUAUCAUUAGUAUACAUGCCGAUUAGCAAGAGUUCAGUCUCGCCGGCUGUUCCAUCAUGCCCGAGAGUACGACGAGGAGAUCGAUAGGCCGCAAGACCGUUGGGUGUGUCUUUGACGACCGGAAGAGGGAAAGAACAUUGGUGAACUGACGGAUUUUCCGUGAAGAUGCCGUGAUUCGCACCGAGAGCAUCAGGGAUUGUUACAGUGCACACACGACACGGCGAUCAUGUUCUAUCACCAGCGAGCAAUGCGUCAGAUCUCGGAAAUUUCCUACGUGGGAGGUUUCAAAUUGAUAAGGAUGUCGACUAGUCGAGAGGGCGAGACUGCGGUGACCAUCCCACUGCAGUACAAUGAAGCUCAUUGGAAAGCCAUUUUUGAGAAGUACGAUCUCGACGGAGAUGGAAAAAUAUCACUGCAAGAACUGAAAGCAAUGAUACGCGGGCCAGAUUUUUCCAAGGACAUCCCUGUCGGGGUGGUCCGCACGAUAAUGCACAAGGCAGAUCUGGAUGAAUCUGGUUACCUAGAAUAUCCAGAAUUUAUAGCAAUGAUCCAUAGAAAGGACAUGCAGGGUAUAUUCGGACAUAUCGUGCAACGAUACGUGCACUCUGUAAUACCUCAGCGACCAACCCGCGCGAUAAGGCAAACUUCCAUGGGCUCGAGGUAUUAUCCCCAACGACAAAUCAGUAUUCGAAUGCAUGCACCACCUUCUCCUCCUCCUUCGAGCUUUGGUGACUCUCCCCAGGCCGCUAUGAUUAGUAAAAGAUGCCGUUCUGCACGUUUUAACGCUCUACAGCAACAAACCAGUACAAUAACGGAAUCUUCUCUGUACUCUAGCGACUAUCCAGAUGGACUGUACGAAGAAGAGUACAGUUGUCGACCGCCGGCUGUAGCAAUGAUAAUCAUAUCGAUAAUAGAAAUCAUUUUGUUCAUGUAUGAUGUGAUUAAGCACAAAUCUCUUUCUGUAGAAGGCCCAGCGGCUACAUUAUUUAUUUAUAAUCCGCACAAGAGGUACCAAGCCUGGCGGUAUCUAACAUACAUGUUUGUACACGUCGGGGUUUUCCAUUUGGUCGUUAAUCUCCUGGUACAAAUUAUGCUGGGCAUUCCACUGGAGAUGGUUCACAAAUGGUGGAGAGUAUUGAUAAUAUACAUAGCCGGAGUACUGGCCGGUUCCCUCGGCACGUCCGUUUCAGACCCUACGGUUUACCUAGCCGGCGCAUCGGGUGGCGUGUAUGCGUUAAUUACUGCACAUGUAGCCACCAUCAUAAUGAACUGGUCGCAAAUGGAAUUUGCCGUGCUGCAGCUGUUAGUGUUUCUCGUUAUCACGAGCGUCGACGUUGGGCAAGCAGUGUACAAUCGUUACGUGCUCGAUACCAACGACCAGAUCGGCUACGUGGCCCACUUGGCUGGCGCUAUAGCAGGCCUGCUAGUGGGCAUAAAUAUUCUUCGAAAUCUCGAGGUACAAACUUGGGAGAAAGUUAUUUGGUGGGCCAGCAUGGUUACUUACACGAGUCUUAUGACCGCAGCUAUUUUGUGGAAUAUAUUGUAUCCCUCGUAUUACGAAUGAUGAUAUUUGAACCGAUGAAAUUUAUCUCAUUCGAGUUAUUUAACGACACACAGACGCGUUGAUAGAGACAGGUGUAUUAUUACUGAAAAAGAGAUAACUUGCCUUAAAAUUGUAGGUAUUUGUAUAAAUUUGCUAUAUAUUUUUUAUAUGUUAGAUGACGUAAGGUAUACCCGUUCAUUAUUUUAUAUUAAUAUAAAUUGGUUAUAUUAAUAUAAAACAAGAUUGUUAGAAUCGAACAAAGUAGCUUAUAUUUUCGUAUAAGCUUUAUCGCGGAGAGAUAGAACUAGGAUUUGUAAGAAGAAUAUAUUAAAUAACUUUAAACGCAGUAUUUUUUAAGUACACGUUUUCGAGAGCAAAUGGUAGAACAACAGACUCUGUGAUACUUUUGCUACAUGUAUUAAGUGUAUGCAAUUAUUUGCAAACUUGACAAAUUGAAUGACGACAUCGAAGCUCUGCUGCGCGGAAUAUUAAUAGUUCUAUUUUAGAUCUAUUAUCUCAUUAUUUGAGAAGGCACAGAAAAACUACCUCCAUCCAGUAUGUACAAUCCAUUGCGCACAUAAAAGGUCAAUUAAUAUUUUCAUUAAUACUUUACGCAUUAUACAAAUACGCUUCAUCUUCAAUAAUAACACACGGAAUCUAAAAUUAAAACAACUGCAACGUGCCGAGUUGCUAAUAAAAUAUAUGUGUUUUUUCAUCAAAUGUAGAGAUGCCUUAUGAUUAAAGUAAGACGAGACAAGAGAAGAUUGUCCUCUCAGACGCUUAUUAAACGAAAUAAUGUAUAUAACUGUAUGUGUUCCACAAUUCAGAGAUGUGAAUACGAUACAAAAUUGCGUUCAACAAACUAAGCAAUUUCCUCUUUCAUUGCAAUAGCUAUAAUGUAUAAUAUAAAUUGGCAGUUGUAUUGUCAAUUGUAUAUUUUAUUGUAGACUUAACGUUGUUAUACUCACAGAUAUAAAAUAGUACAUGAGUUUUUGGAAAAAUUAUUUAUUUUAUCUUAAAUUCAUGAAUAAUAUACUGAGCAUAUGGUUUAUUUCAUGUACCUGACUUGCACGGAUAUAUUAAUAUAUUAAACGAUUACUAUCGCGAAUACGUAACGUGAAAGGAAAAAAAACAGAGUCAGCUUUGUAAUAUGUGUUCACAAUAUAAAUACUGAUAACAAAAUAUUGCUCUAACAUAUGUAUUUGAACAAAGGAUAUAUCUGUGAAUAAGUUGUUCUGGAAGAUGUUAACUAUAAAGUAUUAAUCUUUCGUUGGAUGCAAUAGGCAUUGCAGUGCCACUAUCGACUAUAGUAGCUCUAAUUUAAAUAGUAAUAUCUACAAGAAUAACUUUAGAAAUGUUUUAAGAUUUUUUUAUUUUACUUGAUCAAGACAGGGCAGCCGUCUGUAUCUUUUGUUUGGAAAGAACUGUUUUUAUUAUUCGUAAAGUGAAAUGUAAGGCUGCUAUUAUAAGUUUAGAAUGCUUAAAAAUAAAGAGAUAUGAAUUGUAAUUAAAUAAUUUUUAAUAAUAUUAUGAAUGUUCACAUUUGCAUAUUUACAUAGUUUACAUUAGUAACUAUUAUACAAGAUGAUUCUUAAUUAUAUAUCGAUACUUCAGGCGAUCUAAAGUCCAAAGCAAGAAAAUAAAAGAACGUCACGAACACCCUCUUGAACUAGUAUUGUUAAGAUAAUCGGAAGAUAAGCAAAUGUUCCGAUUUAACUUACCUGAUUUUUGUAAUUGUACCCGCUUUUCCCAAGUGUCCCGGAUAUUAUUUAUUAUACUCGAUAACAAAGUCGAUGACAGAAUUCCCACAAACAAAUUGGUUCUGUAAAAUGGAAGUAGCCUUCAACAACGAUAAUACCGAAAAUUUUAUCUCCGCUUCUCAUCUAUUGAUGCAAUACGUAUGUAUUGUAUAAGUGCCUUGGACGUACUCCUUAUUGUACAAUAUUUUUAUGUGUAAGAGUACUGGGUAUGACCUUUAAUCGCGAAGAGAAGAGCGUGCCUCAUUUUUAUGCACGUUAAAUAUAGAUUUAUCGUAUAUAGUAUUUUAUAACCGAUUUAAACGAAACGUUUGUUAUUGUUCAACGGAGCGACGAGAAUGUCCGUAAUGUAUGUAUAUUUUGUAUACGCUUUAUAUAAAACAAAAUAAAGCGAUCGAAAAAGAAA